AUGCCGUACAAAAACAAAGGAAGGCCAUUGCUAAGCCAUGGCUUAGAUAAGGAGAUCUACCAGAUUGUGCGCAAAAUCGCCGACGAACAGCAGGCCGAGUCAGGGCGACCGCGCCUAUCUACCUAUAGCAUAUACGAUACUAUUAAACGAUCAAACUCGAGCUUGAAUCGGAAGCCGAAGAAAUUGCUCGAAGACAGCAUUGAGCGCGUGCUGGAAGUAUUUCAGAGUGACAUUCUGGGCGAUGAUGAGUCCGACUCGGUAAAUGGAGAUUUCGAGGGCCUAGAGGAGGAAAAGUCGGAGCAGGUAGUGGAAUCCAAUGGCUUAAAUAGAAGCAUUGUCAGUGCCUGGUCGACCUCGGCCAAGCCUUUAUCUGCCUCUAGGAAAGGAACCGACACGCCUAUUACUGUGGAAAGCUCUGCACAGACUACAGGGUCCAAUAAAAGACGCAACCAAGCAUCCGAAUCCGUGCCGAAACGAAGAAAAGCGGAUCAUUCUAUAGACAAGUCGCCGCCCACGCAUGUCAGCUUAUCGGAUCUGGGUGGUAUGGACGAUGUGUUACAGGAGCUUGGAGAUUUGAUCAUUCUGCCCAUGACUCGGCCACAGAUAUUCACGUCUUCUAAGGUACAGCCCCCGCGAGGUGUAUUGUUGCAUGGGCCACCAGGUUGCGGAAAGACCAUGCUUGCGAACGCCUUUGCCGCUGACCUGGGAGUUCCCUUCAUCUCGAUAUCUGCUCCAUCCGUCGUAUCUGGCAUGUCUGGUGAAUCCGAGAAGGCUCUCCGAGAACAUUUCGAAGAAGCAAAGAAGGUGGCUCCGUGUUUGAUCUUCAUCGAUGAGAUCGAUGCCAUCACCCCAAAAAGAGAAAGCGCACAACGAGAGAUGGAAAAGCGUAUAGUUGCCCAGCUAUUAACCUGCCUGGACGAUCUAGCGCUGGAAAAGACAGAUGGCAAGCCCGUCAUUGUCCUGGCUGCUACCAACAGACCAGAUAGCCUCGACCCUGCGCUGCGACGAGGAGGUCGGUUUGACAAGGAGAUCAAUCUAACAGUUCCUUCGGAACCUGUGCGAGAGCAGAUCCUUCGUACCUUGACUCGGAAAAUGCAGCUCGCAGAUGAUCUCGACCUCAAAACCUUAGCCAAAAGGACAGCGGGAUUCGUGGGCGCUGAUCUGAACGAUCUAGUUUCUACCGCUGGAGCCGCCGCAAUCAAACGGUACUUAGAAAUCCUCAAGUCAAAUACAGGCGAAGAGAUGGAUAUCGAAGGCGAUGCCGAGCAACAGGUACCUGAGAAAGUCAAAGAGAUACGCCGCCUAAUCAAGCAUGCCAAAGAUGCACCAAUGGGAGAAGAAACCAAUCCCGUCUUGGUGUCCAAUGCAGAUUUCUUCACAGCACUUCCGAAGAUACAGCCAUCAUCUAAGCGUGAAGGAUUUGCCACCAUUCCCGACACAACAUGGGCAGAUAUCGGUGCUCUCGGUGGUGUCCGGGAGGAACUGGUAACGGCGGUAGUCGAGCCAAUUAAGAACCCAGAUAUAUAUGCGAAAGUGGGCAUUACAGCUCCCACCGGUGUUCUGCUCUGGGGUCCACCUGGAUGCGGUAAGACUCUGUUAGCGAAGGCCGUUGCCAACGAAUCGCGCGCAAAUUUCAUUAGCAUCAAGGGACCCGAACUGCUGAACAAAUACGUCGGUGAAUCCGAGCGGGCAGUCCGUCAAGUCUUCGUGCGCGCGAGGUCUUCUAUACCUUGCGUCAUCUUCUUCGACGAACUGGAUGCUCUAGUCCCUCGUCGCGAUGACGCGCUGUCCGAGAGCUCAGCAAGAGUCGUCAACACUCUUUUGACAGAACUCGAUGGACUAGGAAGCAACAGACAAGGAAUCUACAUAAUUGCCGCCACGAAUCGACCGGACAUCAUUGACCCGGCUAUGCUUCGGCCCGGACGAUUAGAGACGCUUCUCUUCGUCAAUCUUCCGGGACCAAGUGAACGGGCUGAAAUCUUGCAAACGCUUGUCCGCAACCUCCCCACUAUCGAAUUCAGCGAUCAAUUGCGAGCACUCGCCGAGAGUUGCGAGGGUUAUAGCGGUGCGGAUAUCGGCAGUCUUCUCCGCAGAGCCGGAUAUUCGGCGAUCAAGCGAAGGGAUAAUAUCAAAUUCGAAGAUUUUGUGGCUGCGAGAGAACAUAUCAGGCCUAGCGUGACGGAUAUGAAGAAGUAUGAGAGGCUGAGGAGAGAUUGGAGCAGCGGUGUGGUGUGA